UGUAACUUCCACUUUGGGCUUCACAGGGGAAUACUGAGGAGAGCCUGGAUUGUCCUCUGCAACACAGAUGAAUGUUUGAAAAGGCGGAGGCAAAAUGAAGACAGCUGCCAAGGGUUUUGGGAAGUCUAUUAUGGACCCUUCGCAUCGUGAGGGUUGGUGGAAUACGUGGAUAGUGCUCAUGGUGUAUGUGGCCUUGGAGCUUGUAACGGUCCAUUCAUCCGUCGUCCUCGGGACCCUUGAGCUACAGCUAGAUGAGGAGCAACCAGCAGGCACAAUUGUCGGUGACAUCAGCGCUGGCCUUCCUCCUGGCAUCACAGCGUCCCUGUUCUUCAUCUCUGACCACGAGGGAACAGGGGUGGGCAGUGAUUUGGACAUAGAUGAGAGCACCGGCAUUAUUAAGACUGCCAAAGUCCUUGACAGGGAACUGAGGGACAGAUACAACUUCAUUGCCGUCACCAUGACAGGUGUGACUGUGGAGGUGACCAUCAAGGUGAAUGACAUAAAUGACCACGCUCCAACUUUCUCAAGAAAACAGAUGAUGUUUAAAAUCCCUGAGCAGACAACCAUUGGGACGAGGUUUUCUCUUGAGCCUGCUGUAGAUGCUGAUAAAGGCCAGUUGACGACACAGGGUUACCUUAUUAAAGACGGAAAUGUUGGCCAGGCCUUCACCUUGGAGACCAGGAGGGGCAGCAAUGAGGUUCUCUAUCUGGACUUGGUGGUCAACGCCAUUCUAGACCGAAAGAAAAGAUCCACCUACACUCUAUCCUUGGAGGCAUUUGAUGGCGGUUCACCUAAAAGGACCGAUCAGAUGACGUUAGAUAUUACUGUACAAGACAUUAACGACAACGCUCCUGUUUUUAACCAGAGCCGCUACCUUGCUAUAAUAUCUGAGAACCUCCAACCAGGAAGCAACAUCCUGCAGGUGUUCGCCACAGACGCUGAUGAAGGGGACAAUGGGAUGGUGCUGUACGAAAUCAACAGGAGACAAAGUGACCCAGACCGCUAUUUUGUCAUUGACUCUCGAACUGGUGUCAUCACGCUCAACAAGCCGCUGGACUUUGAGAUGCGGCGAGUCCACGAGCUGGUGGUCCAGGCACAAGACAACGCCACCCAUCCAGAGGUAACAAACACCUUCGUCACCAUCCACGUCAGAGACUACAAUGACAACCAGCCCACUAUGACCAUCAUCUUUCUCAGCGAGGACGGAUCUCCCAGAAUCUCAGAAGGAGCACAACCGGGCCAGUACGUCGCCAGGAUCUCUGUCACUGACCCAGACUAUGGAGAGUAUGCCAACGUCAAUGUGUCGCUGGAGGGAGGAGAUGGAAAGUUUGCUCUGACCACGAAGGAUAGUAUCAUCUAUCUGAUUUGCGUGGACAAAAUUCUGGACAGAGAGGAAAGGGACACCUAUGAGCUAAGGGUGAUGGCGACAGACUCGGGCACGCCUCCUCUCAGGGCUGAGUCCUCCUUCAUCAUCCAGGUGACUGACGUCAAUGAUAACCCUCCUCUGUUUGACCAGCCGGUGUACAGACAAGUCAUCCCAGAGGUGGUGUUUCCAGGGAGCUUUGUGUUACAGGUGACGGCCAGAGACAAAGACCAGGGGCCCAAUGGGGACAUUAACUACAGCAUCCUGCAAGGCCAAGGUGCUUAUUCCAACUGGUUCAGUAUAGAUCCAAUUACAGGGAUUAUCACCACUCUCUCCCACCUGGAUUAUGAAAAGAACCCCAAUCCCAGUAUAACUGUCGUAGCCAGAGAUGGAGGGAAGCCGCCCCUGUCCUCCACUGCUGUGGUCAACAUUGUGCUUCAGGAUAUAAAUGACAAUGAGCCUGUUUUUGAGAGAAACUUCUACAAUGUCUCCAUCAAGGAAAACACACUUCCAGGGACCUGCAUUCUCGAGGUGAGGCAGACGUCUCUUCGCCGCUUCCAAGUUUCUAUGAAAGAGUACUUCUUAUCUCUUACCGGUCCCCCUUUCCCACACUGCUGUGUCCCCCCCUAUGUGAUCCUAUUACACCUCUUCUUCUCCCUUCGGAGCGGUGACAUGUGGAUCGGAGCAGUGGGCAUCCUCCCACCCACUGCAGACAGCUGUAGCGCUAUAGCUGAGCCCACAUCAGAACUCCUGCACCCCCACAUGCUGUGCAUGGUUCAUAUUAGCUCCCCUCCCACCUCCCCAGACCCUGGGAUCCGCUGCCUGGCUUACCUCAGCAGACCUGAGCUCAGUGCAGCAAUUGGAUCGCUGCAGAAGGGAUGA